GUAGUAGAUACGCGAAACUUAAGAUUUAGUGAUCAUCUAGGAAGUGAUCAAUAUUAUUUGUUAUUCCGCACCUAUAAACUUACUGAUAUUGAUUAAAGCAUAUCUAAAAUUUAAAUGCUCUAUUUUAACAACGCAGUGACAUAUGGACUAAUAUAUAUCAAUUCUACAUUAUUUAAAUUAACGAGAAAAUGUUGGAAUUUAAAUAUAUUCUUUUUAUAAUGGUUAUAUACCGCUCAGCCGAGGAGGUAGACUGUGCUUGUAUUGACAAUGACUCAUGUUUAUCUUGUGCGAAGACGAAUUCAUGGGUACCCUUUUUAAAGGUCACGUGUAGAUGGUGUCCCCUUGACAGGCGGUGCCAUACAGUUGGAUCCGUUCAGAACCCCUGUACAACGGAAAUGAAUAUUGAUGAACCAACGCGGUGCCCAUUGAAUGAGGGAUUUCGAAGUGAUUACAAUCCAUCUGAGGCCUAUACCAACGCUUUGCUAGCUGCAGUCUCAUAUGCCGAACCGGAGUACGCCCAAAAAUGUCUUAAUCAUAGUCUUCCAAACCAUGAUUUCGAAAUGAUUGAGGCGAUCGGACGAAAGUGCGAUGGCAUAUUUGAUUACAAGGAGUGUUUUGCAUACACGGCUGUUUCUCACACAAGAAAACUCAUUAUUGUCUCGUUUCGAGGAACGGCCGCAUUUACACAACUUGUACACCAGCUCGGUGAAACACUUUCUCCAAAACUCUUUAAACAAUAUGGAUAUGUUCACUCAUAUUUCAAGUAUGCUUUUGAAAGGCUGUAUCCGUGCAUUAAGAAGAGUGUUCAAACUCUUGUGACAAAGCAUUCAAACUAUGACGUUUUCGUAACUGGUCACUCCCUUGGAGGUGCAAUUGCCUCUCUUGCCGCGAUUUCUUUAAGGGAAAGAGAUCUAGUAACAGACGACAAAAUGUCACUGUACACGUUCGGUAUGCCCCGCGCUGGUAGCCGGGAGUAUGCCUUCAAUUUUGACAAGAAAGUCAGAAAGAGCUGGAGAAUUGUCCACUACCAAGAUAUGGUCAGCAUAAUACCACCGAGGCUGGGGAUAAUAAAGAAAAAGAUUCCCUACCAUCACCAUGGUGAAGUGUAUUACCCUGAUGCAGAAAUGAACAAAUAUUCACGCUACAAUAUGUGUCAUGGCAACGAGGACGACCCAAACUGUAGCCGAGCUAAUAUGCCCUAUACAGAGGAUAUGCUUAACACAAUAGCCAACUGCAUUUUAUCAAGUAAAAUAAAAUGUGCACUUGCUGUAGGAACUCAAGUGUACAACCUGUAUAUGGGUAAUUUCGUUUAUCACACGCAUUACUUUGGUAUCAACAUGGGUGGUUAUUGUAAGAAUGAACUUCGAUACAAGAGAGCAUUCGAAGAAUCCCAGUUUCCAAGUGACUAUUGUCAGAUCAUCUCACUAAAAGACGCACAGGAAGUAGCAGGAACAGCUAUUGCCACUGUAAAGGAAAGUGAAUGUGACUUUGAAAAGGACUUUUGCGGAUGGACGCGGGGCAACGGAAGUACGUUCAACUUCAAACGGGCACAAGGAGCCACAGACGAGGGCGGCAAGACGGGACCUUCUGCAGACAGGAAAGGCUCCAAUAAAGGUUUCUUCAUCUUUGCUGAUGCCUCUGGGAACGACGAUCAAGUAGCCAAACUGCGGUCCCCAAACUUCCCUACCGGAGAUUAUUGUCUGAAGUUCUUCUACCACAUGUACGGCAAGGACAUGGGCAAGCUCACAUUAUGGCUGAAGGUGGACGGAAUUAAGCGUACAAAUGUAUGGAAUAAAUAUGGAGACCAUGGAAAGGAAUGGAUUAAGGAAGAAGCUUUUAUCAAAAACCAAGCUAAGGUCAAUGGAACACUCCAUUUCGAGUUCGAAGCUAAGAUGGGGAAAGGUUUCGCCAGUGAUAUAGCUUUGGAUGACAUAAGUGUAAAACCUGGAAAUUGUAAGAGCAACUGAACACUAAUGCGGGGCCUAGAACCGUACUGGAGAAUGAAGUUAUAUAUGUAGUUGUUUAUACUCUAAUGUUGCUGAAACCUAAAUUGCAUAAUUGAUUUUUGAGUGCAUUCAGUUUGAACUCAUAAAUUGUAUUUUCACAUGCUAUACCAGAAAAUAUGCUUGUCCAGAACAAAUGCUCUCUUCCAAAUAUAUUUCUUGAGUGCAUUGAAUAAAAUUGUAUAUUAUAUGUAUAUGACUAUAUAUGUUAAAUUGUGUGUUCGCUGUAUGAGGUAAAAACAAUAGACAAUCUUUAAUUCAUGUCUUUGUAUUCUUAUUAAAGGAAAAAAACUUAUCAUGGCUACAUUACAUUUAAACACACGUUACAACAUUUAAACAAACUGUAAGAAUAUCUACAACAAAGGCAACUGCCACAGUUAUCACAAUACUUUUCUGUGUUCUGUGUACCCCUUCACCACACAGCCAAACAUUUUACACUGAAAGAAAAACUCCAUUACAUAUUCAGAUUAAAUUAUCCUUUAAUAAAAAAAAUGACAUUCGGUAAGACACUUGUUCGUUAUAGUUGUCAUUUUGCAACUAGCUCUUUGGUACAAAAAAAGUAAGAAUGAUGCCGACGAAGAUGGGAUUCGAACACACGCGGGCAGAUCUCAGUGGAUUAGCAGUCCAUCACCUUAACCACCCGGCCAACUCGCAUUCUCAAAACAACUUUGAAAGAAAUUAAGAACGAGAAUGUUUAUCUGUAUCAUUACAUCAAUACACUUUAGCGUCUAAGAAAAGCAAAGAUAUAGGUUAUUGAUGCUUUUUUGACCCCAAUCAGUAAAGAUAAUCUCGGAAUUGGGAAUUUUCGCGUCGUUUGUCACAAAAUUGUAAAUUUCUGAUAAAUGAUUAUUUAUUUUUUUGUUCCUUCAUCAAUUUCCAGGAAAUACUCACGAACCUGUUUGUCCCUUGUUUAUCUAAACACAUUCAAAAAGUCGUCAAUAUCUUCAAUAAAAAGACCUAGUCAUUGAUACAACUUAGUGCAUGGCAAUUAAAGAAAACAAUCGACAAUUUUUGAUAGCACAUAAUGUCUGUGUGCAAUAAAAACUCCCGUUCUAGAAGUUUAUAACUCUUACACACGAAAAAAAGAAAAAAAAAUAACAUCAUUUUUAAUAACUCCUCAAAUCGUAUUUUAAUAGUGUCUAGUUACUCUUUUUCACCAAAUCACGGAAUUAGCAAUUGACUUGAAGCAUAACAUCGAUUCGCAUUUACGCAUUUACCAAAUCUGCGUGAAAAUUAAUUAUGAUUAAAACCUUUAAGAAACUGUUGAAAGAAAAAAAUCUUAGUGUAGAGGUCACCUGUACUACAUAUUCUUGUUCAGAACGUCAGAAUGCUUCAUAUAACCGAGGUUAACUUUCGAUGGUGGGAUUUUUUGUUCAAAAUCUCGGUCAGUAUGUCAAAUGUUUAAAACAUUUUACCAUAUCUGAUUUAACAUAAAUUUUGAGCAAAUUUAGAUAAAAAACAAGUAAAAAUAUAACUAAACUUUAUAAAACUCUAGAUGUCACAUGUUUACCUUAUGUUUAGAAACAUUGUUGUAAUCAUUAAAGCUAUGUCUAAUUCUUGUAAUAACUAGUUUAUUUGUUUAAAUGUAAGACAGUAUUGUUUCAAUAUAGCUCUAGACCACAUGUUCCUACCAUAUAUGAAACUUGACCAAAAAAAAAAUGUUUACAUUGUUAUGAAAAAAUGAAUGAAAUACGAAAAUGGUUGUAAAAAAAUAUAGCGUAGAAUUUUCAUUGUUUGUGUUAAUUCAAUUUAAUAUCUUUUUUAUAAAUAGACAAUAUAAUUGUAUUCGAUGA